ACAAAGUAAAAACGAGCGACUUUAGAUUCUGGCGGUGUUUUUACAAUUUGCGUAAAAUUUGCGAUGAAUCGUUCUUGCUAUUUUAUUUGUUUAUAGUCGAUCUUUAGUAAAUAUUGCAACAUGAGCUUCAUGUAUCAAACCAUGCUGUCCCGAGCUCCUGGAAAAAGGAAGAUAAAGCUCCAGGAGGAGAACAUCCUGAGAUUGAUGCAGGAAGACGAUCCUGAUGAGGAAGAGGACAUGGAUUUUGAGGUGGCCCAUGAUCACGCAGAACGAAAUGGAUCAGGGAGUGAGUCUGGGACCAGUGACAGUGCAGAGGAUAGCAAUUCCUCAUCAAAUGAAGAAUCUGAAAGUGGGAAUGAAAAUGAACCAUCUACCUCAAAGAAACUGCCAAAACGUACACAGUAUAAUGAUAAUGGCAUUCCAAGUUCGUUCAAGGACCAUGGCAGUGUACCUACAAUCAAAUCUACCAAUGAGAUGAUAAAUUCAAAGUAUUAUAAUGUACCUCACCCUAUAGUGGAUGUAUUAAAAAAAGCAGAGAAGCAAUUGAAAGUAUCCACCUCUUAUGUAAAACGGAAUGUUGAUCUAUCUCAAGUAAGGACGUGCUGUAUUUGUUUAAAGCACAAUGAAUCUGCACACUUGCUCACCUGCCACAAGUGCUUCAUAACUGUUCAUAAAGAAUGUUGCAGAACUAGAAAAUUGAAGUCAAUGAAAAAGUCUUGGUUCUGUGAUGUUUGUAUCAGUGCUCAACCGCAGAGUUGUGAGUUGUGUCCAUCCAAAGAAGGAUGUUUGAAAGAAACAAACACAGGACAGUGGUGUCAUGUUGUGUGUGCGAGGUACAUUUUAAAGAGCAAUAUUUUUUCAUCAAAUUCUAAAUCAAAUGUAAUCGAUUUUUCGAAUCUGAACUACAAGUUAUAUGGAAGUAAAGAAUGUUAUUUAUGCGAAGAUAGACUUGUUUCUAAAACAGGUAUCUGUGUUAAAUGUGAUGCUGGUUUAUGUAAAGUAUAUUUUCAUGUGACUUGUGCACAGAAGCAUGGAUUGUUGUCAGAGAAUGAGACAGGCAUGAACAGUGCCACGGAUCCCUACUUUGUGUACUGUCCGCACCAUGUUAACAAAGAAGAUGUGGAAACGUCACAAAAAGUUUCCCUGGCUUGUUUUGCUGCUGUUAAAUAUGCGUGUAAACGAAAAAAGUUAAACUCAAACCGUAAGAUCCGUCUCAAUAAAUGCACACAGCGUUACAUCUUUUCAUUAAAUGAGCGUCCCAAAUUACCCCUCAAACCUGGUCCCCCACCAACCAGGCUAUUAUCCACAAAUGCAGAAGCACUGUUGCAACUAAACAAGAAAGCAGAGUUAAUUUACAACAUUGAUGUUAGGAGCCCCGCCACUUAUUUCCCCUCCCCAUCAAAAGUACGUCGAAGACACCGUGUUGCCCCGAACCUCACAGGAGAGUUUGUGUCGCAUUAUGCUGAUCGUGAGCUCAGGAUAUCUGAGGCAAAGGAAAGAAUUAACGAAGAACUGGAAAAAAAUCAGCUGCUUAUGACAGAACAGUCAAAAUUGCGACAGCAAUAUGAAGAGGUACAUAACACAUUAUUUGAGGAGCGAAGAAAACAACGGGAUUUAAAAACAUCGUCACGACAUCUUUGUUCAUUGAUAUUAUCACUUAAGGAAUGGGCGAAUCUAAAUCAUAACAACCUAAGUGACAAAAAACAUACAAAUGCUAAACGAGCUCGCUUGUCCCUUCAUCCACUUGUUCAUGUUGUCCAAGAUACAGAAGAAGAAACAUCGGAAUCACCAAACCAACCACUGGAUGUUGAGUUAAAUGGAUCCGACUCCGAAGAUUACAACAGAAACAUGACAUCUCAUCUCCUUAAAUCUUGUAAUAUUUGCAAGUCUGAUAACAAACAACAUCUAAUGGUUGAAUGUGAUGUUUGCAACCAAUGGUCCCACCUUGGCUGUCUUGAUCCACCUCUUACACAGAUGCCAAGAAAGACUAAGUUUGCCUUGUGGCAAUGUUCGGAGUGCGCUCCUUCCAAUGAUGUUGCAACAUCCAGUGAAUCUGAUGAUGAUCAGCAUGGGAGUUUGAUCACAGAGGAGGGAAGAAGAUUAACGCGGAGGAUUCAUCGACCUCCCGAAAAGUUGUCAACCACGUUGCUUAAUGAUCAACAACUGUUUGAACAAAGGAGAAUGAUGAAUUACAUCCAGAGAAGUUUCAAGACAGGCAGUUUAAAGAAGAGAAAAUUAUCAAGAGAUCGUCUGCGAAUGCUAAAGAAGAAAUAUAUGUCUUCUAGCAAUAAUCAUAAAGUCAAAACCACAUCCUCCAGCGAACACACCUCAUCGAAUUCAAUCGCGUUAAAGAGUUCAAGUCUAAAGAAAGAAGUCGCCUCUCUACCACCUGUUACUGUCACCAUAGGCCAAAAAACAUUGGAAGAUACAAAACCCAUUGUUACAUCACAACCUGUGUUUGUGAACAAUAAACACAUUAGCCCGCAAGUGCAAAUUAAACCACUGGAGAAAAUGACCUUACCCUUACCUAUAAGUCAUGUUGUGUUCAAGAAAACUGAAAAAACCUCACUUAAGAAUGAACCAGAUAGUGUUGUACCUGCAGAUGACAAAAAUGAAUCCGUUUCAAUUACAGAACUUCAAACUAAUGUUAUUAAAGUUCUAAACGAUGUUUCGAAAACUUUAACUUGCCAUACAUGGAAGCCUGCAGGUGUAACAACACAAGCCAAUAGCCGACCACGCAAGCCAACUAUAAUCAGAACUAAAUCUUGGAAACCCAAUAUUUUAAUGAAGUCGAAAAUAACACCACUGUCAACUCUUAAGACAAAAAAUCCGCGGUUUAUUGUCUCUCCAAUAAAGAUGUUAACAAACUUGAACGGUUUGAUGACAAAAUGCACGGUGGUGCGCGCCGGCAGUAUUACAGAGAAACUGCAGAAGAUUGUAAAUGAUUUAAAAGCUGAUGCAGAAAGAACUUCCCCAUUACAUGGUAGCAACAUUCUAAUGAAGAAACCCGUGGUACCAAUCAAACAACUGCCAGAGUCGAAACCUAAAGUUACACUUGCUGAAAACAACAGCUGUUUUUCCAGCUCUAUUCAAUCCAAACAACCUGUUGAAGUUAUAUCAAAGUUGUGCAAAGUUUGUAAGAACAAGAACGAACCGUUAAAGAUGAUGCAGUGUUUCAAAUGCAAUUACCACUACCAUAUAUGGUGUUGUGACCCACCAAGAACAUGUGUACCAAAACCAAGCAAGUUUUCUUAUUGGGUUUGUUCCAACUGCACACCAAAUGGAUCCGAUGAAGAGAAUCCUCAGGGAGGAUUGGAGGUUGCUCCUGAUGGAAGGAAGAGGAUCACAAGAUGCAGGAAACCUCCGGAAAAGUUUGUUAACACUAUUCAUAUGGCUAAUGCAAUGCACAACGCCCGAAUACGAAAGACAAGAUGUAUGGCAAGCAGAAGGAAACGGAAGAAAUCUAAACCUGAGAUCCCUCAGCAAUGUAACACUACCACACAACCACCUUAUAUUCACAAGCUUCCACCCCUGUCCAUACCUGCAGUGGAUACACCAAGCAUGGACAGAUGUGAAAACACCACACCUACCACAACUGCAUCAAGUACAGUCACAAGUAGUUUGGAAUCAAGUUCAACAACGACUUAUAUAAUCAAACAGCCUGCCAUGCCAGCAAUUGCACCUAUAGAUCCUAUCACAACUCAAUUGAUUGUGAGAAAAGAAGUAAAACUGGCUGAAAUGAAACCACCAAUAAAACCAGAGACUUCUACCAGCCCAACAAAUGAAAAAAACUUCAUUAAAGUGACGCUAAGCACGACGAGACCUUCAACAAGUAUCUUGCUGCCCAUAGCUUCACAUAAAAAGACAGUCAGCUUACCAAAGAUCACCUUUAAACCAUCACCCAUUCAGACUGUAUUGAUUAAUAAUCCCAAUGGUUCAAACCCAAAAUGUGGACCAUUGGUCACAACAUUACCUCAAUCUACUGUACAGACUAGCCCUCACAAUUUACCUACAUCUAACAGUGGCAAUGCUGGAGGUGUUUAAAAAAAUAAGGAACUUUUUGGUUUUAGUCCAUUAAGAUUUAAACAUUUAGUUUGGCUACCAUUUUAUUAUUGCUGUUUCUCUUGAACACAUCUUAUGUUUGCACCCCUUUUUCUAAGCCAUGGUACUAAUUUCAAUAAAACAUCAAAC